AUGCAGCCUGCUCAUGGCCGUAGCCGGGUCGUGGACACAGCGACUUGCGCACGGGCGGAGCGUGCCCGACGUGACACCUGCUCAAGGCCGGUGGGCGGGCAGCUGGCAAGGCGAGCGGAGGUGCUGAGCCAUGUUCCCGAGCUUUUUAUGCGGCAACUACUCGGAGAACGGCAGCAGCGCAGACGCCGCUUUGGAUCGGCUGCUCUCCAGCUACAACUUGCCGUUUACCAUCCCUCGGACAAGAAGUUGAUUGUUGAAGGCGGGUACGUGGACACAAAGACAGAGACAGGCUUCAAUGCCACAGCGAUUUUUUUGGAGAGUUUGGAGGCAACAGCCCGAAGUUUGCGGCUGGAUCCUGCUUCCCGAUCGUAUCGUUCCAGCUUCACGAUCAACUAUCGUGCACUUUUUCCAGACGAGUCUCGAAAUUAUCGCGUCGACAUUCUAGAGGCCAGCAUUGAACAGAACGCAGUCAUUUGGGCCCCUGGGCAGCCUUUGAGGAUCUUUGAGGCCUUUGGGAGAGGCUUGAUGGGACACGAGAUGUGCUUCACAGAAUGGGGAAAUCUCAUGCCAAUAGACUUUUCUCGAUGUGGAAAGGCCAUGCAGUGUGCAGAAGACCUUCAGCGCGGAUGGUCUGACAUGUGCUUGCUCCUGGACCGUCGGGAGCUCCAGUCCAGACUCUGUCACGAUGUGACCGUGGCGCGGCUGUGCGAGAGGGAUUUGCUGGCCGUGGCUUGCUCAUCUCAGGCUGGCAGCCAGGUGCAGGAGGUGAUCGCCCUGAGCGAACAGAGGUCCGCUCGGCUUUGGCCGGUGGCCUUGGAUGCUGCAUGGGCAUCUUUCGAGAAGAAGUAUAUCAGUGAAUUGAUCCAGAUUGAGGAUCAGGCCCGCAAGUUGAUAGUCCAGGCGGUGGAAAGCGAAAGGCGACUUCGGGAUCUGGAGGCGCGAUAUGGGGAGACAGAGGCGCUGCUGGCACGGCCAGAGUACCAGUCUGAGCAGAGGAAGCUAGUCGGGUCUAUCUCGUAUCUGAACUCAGUUGCCAAUUUCCGUCGAAAGGGUCGCGACGACCUCCCGGCAGAGGUUCUGUUUGAUGCUGUGCGGACUAUACAGCGCUGUGAUGCAGCCGAAAGGAAUGGGCAGAGCACUGAACUUUCUGCAGCAGCGAGAACUCUCUGUGGUGACGUCGUGGAGUCCUUCGUGGCCAUGCGGUUUUAUUUGAGAGAGAUUGGCAAGUGCCUCGAAAGAGUCGACCCACAUCUUUGCAACAACGCCGGUCUCGUGACGAGAUUGGUGGAUUGGGAGGAGAGCUGGGAAGUCGGCGCACGCUAUGUUCAGAACGAGCAGCUCUUGAACGGCAUUUGCGACCUGGUCGCCGAGAUUCGCCUAGCUCAGCAUGUGGCGCCAAAUCUGCGAACGAUGUGUGAAGAGUGUGACGUGGACCUUUUCCUGGUGAUGCCACGAGUUAUUUGGUUGCGGGGCUUGAUCAAGCCACACGGUCAGAUACAAGUCUUCAAGAGCUUGCUCCCACAUCGGUUUCUUGAUCCACCGCUAGUCGGCGACGCCUGGAAUGUGGAUACUGAGUUAGCCAGCUUUGUGGAGUUUUUCAAAGCAGUCUAUGCAACGCUGAUGAGCAACUGGCGGUCUGCGUCACGCGUGUCCGAGCGGGCAGCGUGGGAGAUUCUGGUGAAGCGGGUGGUCAACGGGGACGGCGAGUCUGAUAAGGAGGACAUUUAUGGCGUCCUUGCUGGUGGGGUCAGGCAACAAGCUGAAGCAGCAGUGGAGGAGUUAGUGAACAAGAUGGAAGGCUGGAGCAUGGAGCUGCAGAGACACUGUGCAGAAGACUGGAACCAAUUCGCAGGGAUUCUCAUACAAUGCUUGUCUGGUGAAAGAAAGAAAGAUGCAUCGCAGAUGCAAUUUCAGGCAUCUGAUGGGGGCUCCACUUGUGCAAUCCUCCUUUUCUUGCCAGUACCGAUCAUGCUGCACGAGGUUUGA